GUGGGAGCUCACGUCGACAGACUACAAUGACUCACGAUUUUCCUUCUGGACGUAGUCGUUUUGGCGAUGUAAACGCAUUCUAUCCUGCAGAAAAAGCAGAAUUCCAGGAGCUCAACGGUCGCUUGGAACAAUACAUUUUCUUGGUAAAAGGUCUCGAACGUGAGAACGCACAACUAGUAAAUGAACUUCGUAACCUUCAUGAAACUUGGGGCCAGCGGAAUAACGAAUACAAGUCUUCUUUCUCCAAAGAUCUGCUGGCGCACAGAGAUGAAUCUUUGCUGGCUUUGAAAAAUAAUGCAGAGCAAGCAAUUCGGGCUAGAAGGAUACAUGCCAACAUCGACCUCACUAGACGCAGAAUUGAAAAUGUUCAAUUGGCAGAGCAAGGUGAUCGAGCGAGAUGUUCAGAGCUUCGGGCGUUGAUCUCCAAAGCAGAAGCAGAUUUGGAGAUUCAGAGAAGAGAAGGCAGUCGAUUGAUGAACGAGCGGUCUCAGCUUACGGCUCAAAAUGAGACUCUUUAUGAAGAUUAUGGAAAACUAUGGGAUGAAAUUGAUCGCAUUCGCCUUGAACUAGCUGAAUAUCAAGCGAGGGAACAACGGCUCAUUGCUGAAAAAGAAUUCUUGCUCAAGGUACAGGAGCGAGAAGUUUACGAAGUUAAUAAUCUCCUUGCUGAAUCUUCCUUUGACGCUAGGAAAUUCUUUGAAAAUGAUAUCGCCCUUGCCAUCAGAGAUAUAAAAGUCGAGUACGAGGCAUCGCAAAACAUGAUACGGAGCAACGUUACUACUCAUUACAACAAAAAGUUGGACGAAAUACGUAAAAUGGCAGAGAAAACUUCCGACGAAUCUAAGUUCCGCAAAGAGCAGAUUGCCAAGAUGGAAAAUAUGAUUGAUGAACUUAGAAAGAAGUUCCGACCACUUGAGGAUAGAAAUCAUAUGCUGGAAAAUGAAUACAGGCAGUUACAAAAUUCGAUAAGAAAUGAUGAAGAUAGGUACAGAGCUGAGAUACAGCAUCGUAACGAUGAAUACAGAAACGCUAUCGUGAUGUACCAGCGACUCCUCAUGGAGCAAGGAUCAAUGUCUGAGGUGACCUUACUGGAGCUAGAAAUAUACAGGAAAAUGAUCGAUUGUGAAGAAAAGAGGUUAAAAGGGCGGGACUAUGUAAAAGUGGAAGGAUAUACGAAGACGGACGAUUAUCGAGUUACCGAGCCAUAUUCUCAUGCUAAUACGAAGACGGACGAUUAUCGAGUUACCGAGCUAUAUUCUCAUGCUACCAAGCAUCGAAAUUACAGCGGUGACAUACGCAUCAGAGAUUGUGACGAGCAUGGUGGAUUCAUAAUUGUUGAAAACGCCGGAUUAAACGAUCAACGUCUGGGAGGAUUUCGCCUUAGUAGGGUUAUAAAUGGUAGAGAACGAUCAUUUAUAUUCCCAGCUCGCUUCGUGCUAAGCGCUGGAGAAACUGUUCAGGUGUCCGCCCAAGGUUACGUUCCGGAUAGAAUUGAGUGCACAUAUCAUCUCAUUUACGACCGCGAUACAACGUGGGGCACAAACGGAACAUUCGUAACUCACCUCUACAACACGCAAGGCACGGAAGUCGCUAACUUUGAAGUGCAAACCAAAUAACGAAAAACAAUUUGACAGCUGUUUGACUUGCUUGAAGAUAUCUAUUGUUACCCAAUUUAAUCGACUCCACUUUGGUCAACUUACAAGAGAAGCUACCUAAUUAGCUCGGCCUCUUGGCAAUUGGCACACAUAAUCUGAAUCAGCUUUAAACGCUGACAAAUAUGCUAUCCCUAGCUGUCGCGCAGCAUUCCAAAGCGAAUUAUGGACUUUUUUUCUGC